AUGCUCGCUUUAACUACGAAAAUCUUGUUUGUCUUCAUUUGCAUAUUCAUACAAUCCAGCAUACAAAAUGCUCAUGAUGACAUAGAUUAUACCGAUGAUGAUUCCGCUUCAACGAACGAUUUAGUACCGCUGACCUCAACAACAAAAAUCACACCAUUAACUGAUAAAACGACAGUUUCAUCAACAAUCCUAACUACUUUAUCUACAACAUCGACUACCAGACAAACUCGUACGGCCUCAGUUGUUUUAAAAAAUCAAUCGACAACACUACAAAGUCGACUCUUCACUGCAGCACCAAUAGCACCUUAUAUUCUUGCGAGUACGAUCGUUGAUCAGUUUAAUCACUAUCGAAAUGUUGAUAUACUCGCUCGCAUCAAACAGUGCGAUUCGAAAUUUAAACUAUCCGAUAUGUGCGAGGUCUACACUAUUGAUAAUCAUACCUAUUCAGUUAUACGUGAGGCUAACAUCGGAUUUCAAUCAUUGCAGCAAGCCUAUGAAAUCUUAGUCGAUCGAUCGGUUAUCACUAAACUGAACACGUUCUGUUCACCAGGUGAAUGGUGUUUGGGAAAUGUAUCUCAGGCAGAUAUUCAUUUCACUGCAAAUGUUCUACGACAACGUGGGCCAUCAUUUUGUGCAUUGGAAAAAUGUCGUCAACGUUUGACAGUGUUUGUUAACACAUGUCCUGCACUUGCAUCGAUAAAUACAAGCGCUCAAACAGUAAAACUACUACCGAUGUUAUGUACACUUUAUAAAGAACCACAGGCAUGGAAUUCGAACGGAUGUGUUAAACAAAUCGUACAUCUCUUGCAUAUUGUGUAUGCAUUUUGGCCGCAAGUAGAGGAAUGUCAUCGCACGAUUACAACUAAUUCUGGUGGAUGUACAGCGAAUUGCUUAGCAUUCGAUCGUCUUUUGCGUAAGGUGCAAAGUCAAUGCAGUCCAACUGCUACAUUUUUACUUCGUGUACCGGCAUUGACUUGGUUUCGAUCGAUUAAUUUACAAGAAGAAUGUAAUGAUGGAUUUAGUCCUGCGAUAUCUCCAUUCAUUUCUUCCAUGAAAACUUUCAUGGCGUCGAACAUGCAAUGGUAUCGAAUGCACCAACGACCGGUUCAUGCUGCUCUUUUUAUCAUCGUCGUCAUAUGUAUUAUUGUAAGCUUUUCUCUGUGUCUGUAUGUCAUGUCAAAGAAUGAUUACGAGUCAAGUAGUCGUCGUUUCGAUGAUGAUUACGAAUAUACACGAUUGCAUGACUCAACAUUUGAACUUGGUGCAAAUACAGAAAUACCCAAUUCCACACUGUCAUCGAAUAAUGAAUCAUCAUUUGAUAUACGUAAUCAUCAACAACGUUCGUCUGAACAUCAACGCUUAUUAUAUAUGGACCCGUAA